GGCAGUGGUGUGUUUUCCUGUUGUUGUAGGCUGUCUUUGGUAAACACAACAGAGUUCCGGUGAAUAUCAAAUUUCUGCCUGUACGUCUGGUAACCGAUGAAUUUCGUCGAUAAUUUAAACAAAUGGGCGAGUAGAGUGGAUAUGGACUACGGGAACAAACUGAACCAGGCUCUCUCCUCUAGUACUAAAUUUCUACCCACAGCAGGACCGCGGAGUGCUGUACCAUUUCAGCACUAUGGUCGUCCGUUGGGGCACAGUGUGAAAGUCAAAGAGGAAGACGAAAGUGUCGAAGAUUUCUUCCAUUUUGCCCAGCAUCUUCAGCAGCAAACAGGAGAGUGCCUCACGGCUUGCUGCGGUGGUGCAAAUCCAAAAACCGCUCCUCUCAGUACCCCUCUCGCUGCACCCCUUGCUGCUCCUCUCACUAGUCCGCCACCCAAACCGAGUAGCCAGCCGUCGGCAGACAGGCCAUACCACUGCCAGGACUGUGGCAAGUAUUUUAGAAUCAGUGACAUUAAGCGUCACCAGAGAAUUCACAGCGGUGAGAGACCAUUCCCUUGCUUUCAGUGUGGUAAAAAUUUCCCCACAUCGGGGGAUCUAAAGAGGCACGAGCGUAUCCACACAGGGGAACGACCGUAUCACUGCCUGCAGUGUGGUAAGAAUUUUUCUGAUUCAGGGCACCUGAAGCAGCACGAGAGGAUGCACACAGGAGAGAGGCCUUACCAGUGCCCGCAGUGCGCCAAACGCUUCUACAGGUCCGGGGACCUGAAGAGACACCUCCGGAUCCACAGUGGGGAGCGGCCAUACAAGUGCCCCCAGUGUGACAAAACCUUCUCAGAUUCUGGACACUUGCGGGGCCAUCAGCGCAUCCACACAGGAGAGCGUCCGCACCGCUGCACUCUAUGUGAGAAGAGCUUCUUCAGGUCAGGCGAUCUGAAGAGGCAUCACAGGACGCAUACUGGUGAGAGACCCUACCAGUGCUACCAGUGCGGCAAGAGCUUCUCCGAGUCGGGUCACCUGAAGGAGCACAGGAGGAUUCACACGGGUGAGAAACCAUACCAUUGCAACCAGUGUGAUAAGAGCUUCUCCAGGCUGGAGCGUCUGAAGGGGCACCAGAGCAUCCACACGGGGGAGAGGCCCUUUCACUGCGCCCAGUGUGGGAAGAACUUCUUCAGGUCUGGGGAGCUGAAGAGACACCAGAGGAUACAUAAUGGAGAGCGGGCGUGAAUUCACUGGCAUUUAGGGCUACCUUUUUGGUCUCGGUUUUGCAGGGCAUUUAUUUUUUGUUUUAUUUCUGGCCAAUCUGACUGCUAAUGUUGCUGUACUGCAGGACUGUUUUUGAGCUGUGUAACUUACGAUUUGAGUAAGUUAAUGGGCUACUUAAGGUGUGAUUAGAAGCAGAUUUGUGAAUGACUGAAGCAAAAACCUGCAUACCUGUUGGCUCUGGACGGAGGGCCAGUCAUGCCUGUGCUAGUUGGUGUAUUUGCCCCAGGAGAUGAUGGAGAGGGCAGUUAGCUGACUGGCCUUUGACAUUCCCUCAUAAAUAUCAUGCAAAAUAAUGAAAUAUUGUUUUGGUUUGUUUUUGUUUUGUUUUUAAACAAAAAUAUAUAAUUCUGUAGAAUUUCUCUGAAACGUAUUCAUUUUUGUUUCCCACAUUUUAUUUAACAAUCCAAAACAUAAGUUAUUCCAGCUCACUUUUUUAAUUGCUACCUCUACAUGUCCUUAUUUACUGGGAAGCGCCUUUUAGAGCACGACCUGUGGUUGCCUUCCUUUAUAAAAACAGGUUCACUGUUACACACUGGCAACUUCUCUUCCAGAUUUAAGUAGUAUCCAUCUGUUAGUUCUCCCAUGACAGUCCCUAUAGACCCCCAAAAUUCCCAGUACAGUUUCAAAGUGGAGUUUAAAGUGUGAACUGUACAGUACAAUGUGUAUAUUGUAGCAAGGUAUAUUGUCAAGUGAAAGACUAGAACUGUAUAUUGUAAAGAAGGUUCUUAAUGUGUAUGCUUACUUUUCUUGUAUUUACAUUUAUUUGCUUUAAAUGUUUUUUUUUUUAAACCCUUUACAAAUGUGUGCUGAAUACAUUUCUGUUAGGUGCAGAAGCGGUCAACAGUUAUGACUGUUGACUUCAAGAUGGGACGUACGUAACUACAUGGAGAUGUUUUUUGUAAUUUUCUUUUCUUUCUAUUUUAUUUCCUAUGACGUAUCACUGUAUGUAAUGACACACAAUGGUCUUGUGAUGGCUUUUGCCACUGUCGUGGCACUGUAAAAUGCUACUGUAUUCGUCAUGUAAAGAAUACCUGGGGAGAAAUAUUCUUUGUUAAAUAUGACCCUUUGUCCACUUCCAAACUAUAUUGUCACCACGAUCUUGGAAGUAGUAUUUACCAGGUUAGAGUGUAAGUCCUUUGUUGUGAAACCACAAUUUGAGAUUCAUUAGUUUUUUUUUAAAUGUUUGGGGUCUGCACUUUUAGGUGAAUUGUGUAUUAAUCAAAUAUUUCACAAAACAUAUAAAUUAGAUUUAGUGUCUAACAUUUGUUUUUGUUGAUGCAUUUUUUUUCCAUGUUACUGUCUUUUUUUUUCCUUUCUUUUUUUUUGUAAUGUAUGUUUGUAUUUAACCAUUAAUGGAACGUGUGUUUAGUUUCAUAGGCUUUGAUUCAAUCGGAAUCGUCAACUGCAACUUCUUAAAAUAUUCUUAUACUGCAUAUUGCUCCAAAGAGAGAACCAAAAUGUGCAGCAUUUUUAAAGUAACUAGACAACAUAACAUAUUUGGGGGUACAGUGAUAGUAUUUAAGUCAUUUUUCUGAUUGAAUCCAGGCACUAGAGUAGGUGUGGUAUUUUCAAAUCCUGGGGCACCCCUUCCUUUGCCUGUGCAUGAGUGCUUUCUUCAUAUGUUAUUGUAAUUAUCUCUUAUUUGCACAAAAUAAACACAUAAUCACCA